GAGUUUUUUGAUUUGAUGACUAUCAACCUUUAUUUUUCCUAUAUAAACCAGGCUUACUUCAAAAUCCCUGGAUCAUUCAUCAAAAUGGAGAGAGAAGUUAUUGCGACGUUAAUAGUGUGUUUUAUAGUGGUUCACGUUCAAAGUUUAGAAAUCAAAUUUCCAGAAGCAGACGAAAGUUUAAGAAAUUAUAUAACCUCCACAGGAUGUCUUGAGAAGGCAGAUAUAACUAUGGAAUUAGCGUUUGACUAUUCAAGAGAUUAUGAGAAUAUCAAAAGUUUUCUACAACUUUUUGAGGAUAAUCCAAAUUUGAAAUGUUAUGGGUUGUGUCUGUACGAAUUUGGAACGCUAAUGGAUGGAUGUUCAGCAACUAUUGACGAAGAUUUCAAGGAAUCUGUAAGAAAUAAUCCUGCCCAUUUCGCCAUGUUAGAAGAAAUGGAAGAAUGUGCAACUAAACUUAUCGGAAAUGAUCCUUGCGAAUGUGCUUAUCAAAUGGAUAAGUGUAUAUAUAAAUGGAUACAGAAUGAAAAAGAGAAAGAGAAAGCAAAAGGAAAGUAAAUUUGUAUAGAUCUUAUAAAAUUCAAGAAUCAAUAGCAAAUGAGUUGAAAUCUGUAUUACUGCAUAAAAAUUGCUUUUAUUACAAUUCUAUUGAUUUAAUUUAGGUUAAGACACUUACUUUAAAGAUUUUCUUGAAAUCAACAUUUUUUGCAUUCACUUUAGUUUUGUAUUUCUUUUAAAUGUCUUGAAUAAAAUGACGCACCAGUUUUCCGAGUGUA